CAGCACAAACAUGAGAAGGACAAAAGCACCCAGAGAAGCCGGGUGCACAGCUGUUCGCGUCCCCUCACCGACCGGGCUGCGUCCUACCAAGGCCAUCAGCGGAUAGGAGCACCAGGAGGUCUCCUUUGGAGUCAAAGAUGUCAUCUCCACCUUCAAAGUCAAGCUCUGAAAGCCUCUCUCCUCAGUCUGAAAUGGAAACACAGCCUGUGCUAUCAGAAAGUUCAGAAGAGGAUGAAGAAAAUUCCACGAAAAAUCCAUUUAUCAUCCCUCCAGAUAUCGAUAUCUUCUCAAUAAGGGACAAGGAAAGAGAAGAGGCUAAAGAGGAACGUGAAAGGAGGAAGACCAUGAAAAUACAUGAGAAAAUGACCUACUCCACCAAGAUAAAUGUAAAGCAAAAGGGGUUCAGGAAAGCUCUCCAGAAAGAGGAAGAAGAAGAAGACAGAAAACAGGCAACAGAAACAAAGAGACUGAAAGCUUUUCAGGACAGUCUUUCUUGGAAGACAGCCAUUACCAAAGAUCAGCAUUUAGAAAAAGAGAGCUUUCAUGACUAUGUAAACAACAGGAGACAGAUAUUUUUACUUGAGUAUACCAUGGCAGUAAAGAGGGAUGAGAUUCAGAGGCUGAAGAACCUAGCGAAGAUAGAGGAAAGAAAACUGGAAAAGGCUGAAUACUACCUGGAAAAAGAUACUGUGAUGUUUGAUGAGUUCCUGAAGGAGAAUGACAAAAAUUCUGUUCAAGCCCUGAAAAUUGCUGAAAAAGAAACUGCAGCAAAGAGAGAGAAAAUAAUGGAGAUUCAAGCAAUUACUUCACAAAUAAUGAACCUCGAAAGUGAUAUAGCCAAAUUUGAGGAUACUUUGCAGGAGUACAAGAGGUACAGGGACUUCCUCUAUCAACUGUCUCCAAAAGAGUGGCAGGAAGAAUAUGCAAAAAAGCGUGCAAAAGAAAAGGAGUUGAAAACAGCUUCCAAAGCUAAAGAAGAAAGUGCCUGCCCUUGCACUACUGCAGAGAAAGGUAAGUGCCAGGGAAAAGCUUCCCACUCCUUGCUUGGACAGUCCCAUGCUCUAAGUUUAUGUCCCUUCUUCUGUCCAGGCCAGGAUCUGACAGUCAGAACAAAAGCUGCUGAUCUGUCUAGUACCAGCUAUUUAGAUGCGCGAAGCUCUCUAUUGUCUUCUGAAAGUUCGGAUUUCAAGCUAUUAUGUGAGAUCAGGCCAGAGUUUGAAGACUUUCUGAAGCCCAUAUCAACAGCAAAACUAAGUUUAGUGGAGGAUCAAGAGAGCGAAACCUGCUCGGACGAGGAGGAUGAGCUGGAACUGUAUUUUACUGACCCCCAACAACUGCUGUCUAUUUUCACGGAGCUGGAGGAACAGAACUUGUCCCUUAUCCAGAAUUCCCAGGACAUUGAGGAAACUUUGGAUGAGCUCCGACACACUUUAAUCACCACAUGUAACAGGAUGGACCAGGAAAUAGAGCAGCUCAAACAGCUUGCAGCCACUGUUAGAUCCUCUAUUGCCAAAGAAGAAGAAACUGCAGCAGAUCUGAAGCUCAGAGUUCGCGUCUUUUCCUUUGGAGAAUACAAAGCUGAUGUCCAGGACAAAAUGCUCGUGAGCCUGAAUAAAAAGGUGCUGGAAGUCUAUCGCCGCUGCAUUGGAGAAAAUGAGGCAAACCUAGGGACACUGCAGAUGCUAACAGUGAUAGAAAAACAGCUGGAUGACUUACUGGAGUGCUUAGAGAGAAUCCCACCGGCAAAGAUAGAACAGGCUGAGAAAGCUAAGGAAAAAGAACGGAGGAUAAGGCUCAGAGAGGAAAAGAUAAGACAACAGAAGCUGCUACAGGAGGAAAGAUUGCAACGGGCCCUGGCAAGAGCACAGGCAGAUAUAAAGAAAAAGACUGGCAGGAAGCUGGUGUUUCGCUCCAACCCACCUGCCAAGAAGGAGAAGCAACAGCAGACCCAAGAGCAAAUGGACGAAGAGAAGCAAGAACAACUCUAUUAUUUCACUUGACAGGCACGGCCUUAAUCACAACUUGUAGGGUUGAAAAGGUUUUAGAUAACUGUAUUCUCUAUACGAACAGUCGGUUAAGGGUCCGAGUCAUCUGUUUUGUUUGAUUACCAGCUUCACAGCCCCACAAAAUUCCCUACUUUCUCCCGCCCCAAGA